AAAUGCUACCUAUCGGAACGCUCUCGUUGCGGCAGACGGUCGGUCAGUUAUUAUCAUUUUUUUAAGCACAGUCGCGGCUUCCUUUGGCUCAUCCUCUGCAAUAUGUUGCUUGCUGCCAACAAAAGUGAUGCACAGCUGCUGAUAAAUGUACAAAAUCAGGGUGGCGAGGUGAUACAGGAGAGCAUUACGUCCAACAUUGGCGAGGACUUGAUUACCCUGGAGUUUCAGAAGACCGACGGCACUCUCAUCACACAGCUGAUCGACUUUCGCAAUGAGGUGCAAAUACUCAAGGCCUUGGUGCUGGGAGAAGAGGAACGUGGCCAGAGUCAGUAUCAAGUGAUGUGCUUUGCAACCAAGUUCAACAAAGGCGACUUUAUCUCGUCGGAUGCAAUGGCCAAGCUGCGCCAAAAGAAUCCUCACACCAUUCGCACCCCCGAGGAGGACAAGGGACGCGAGACGUACACGAUGAGCAGCUGGGUUCAAUUGAAUCGCUCGCUGCCCAUCACACGUCACAUGCAAUCGCUCUGUGCGGAGGCCACAGAUGCCACCUAUGUGCGUGAUGUAGAUCUCAAGGCUUGGGCCGAACUGCCAGGCUCCUCGAUUUCCAGCCUGGAGGCGGCAACCGAGAAAUUUCCCGAUGCGCUCUCCACGCGCUGUAACGAAGUGAGCAGCCUGUGGGCGCCGUGUCUCUGUGCGCUGGAAACCUGCAUCGGUUGGUAUCCGUGUGGACUGAAGUACUGCAAGGGGAAGAGCGCAACGAAUGGGGGCGACACGUCCGGCGCCCAACAGCAGCAGCAGCAGACGAAUUAUCGCUGCGGCAUCAAGACCUGCCGCAAGUGUACACAGUUCACCUAUUAUGUGCGGCAGAAACAACAGUGCCUCUGGGAUGAAUGACGACGCGGCGAGCUGCAGCUGCUGCAGAUGCAGAUGCAGAUGCGAUGCGCCAAGCGGGAGCGGCAUGAUGAUGUGGCAUGCGAUGCUGCAGCGGGAAUUGCAAGUGAAACAACGGCAAAUGCAAAAGCAAAAGCAACGACAAUAACAACCACUACAACGGGAGCAGCUACAACGAGAGUGACAGCGGCAAAAGCAAAAACAAGAACAAAAACAACAACGACCAACAAAUUACGCCAACUGCUUUUGUUGGUGCAACAGCAGAUGCCUUUUGCACUGUGGAACUUUCCGGUCCAUCACAUUUCCCAUCAUCAUCAUCAACAGCAGCAGCAGCAACAGAAGCAGCAGAAGCAUGCUCAGCAGCAGUCCCAUGACAUUCAUUCCCUUACCCAAUCCCAGUCCGAGUCGUCAGACUCCUCAAAAUCCCAGGCUGAAGCCCAUCAUCAUAAUCAUCAUCACACAGCUACCGCCGUCUUGUCGACAUCGACGUCGCAUCACCCAUCAACAAUGGCCGCCAUCGUGGCGUGAUAAUGAAAGCAGUGAAAGGACUCCUCGGACUGGGACUGGGGAAUGUGGAGGGAGGAGAAAACAUGGACACGAACACUCACAACUAACAAGCAGCAUUAAAACACACUCAUUGCUCUCACACUCACUUCAGUGUGUUCAUGUAUCAUUAUGGGCUGUAUAUAUGUAACUAACGAAUGUCUAGAGUAGAGAGCCAACAUACAAGCUCUGCAUUUACGCUUAUGCUUAGUCAAUGUCUGAUGAGCUGAAUAAACAUUUUCAAUAAUGUCAACACAAUUAAUCAAUAAUAAUUACCACACUGAUAAUCAGAUCCCGCAUUUUCCUCAUUUCCAUACUUGUUUCACAUCAUUUUCAAUGCUGAUUAUCUCAUACACCUUUUCUUACUGUGUAUCUCUCAGUUGUGUGUGUGUGUGUUUAUCUUUUGCUUUUCACAUUAAAUAAUGAUUCAUUAAGUUUAUUGACGCAGUUCGACAAAAUUUCCAGCAUUUGCUUUUGUGCCUUCCUUUCGUUUUCCAUUUCCCUUUUCCAUUUUACCAUUUGCCGUAAUUAAUGUGUGUACAUAAUAAUAAUACAAAUAAUUGUCGCUUCAUUAAAUUUUCGCUUUACGCUCGUUUUUCCACCUCAACCUCAAUCAUACUUAUUAUUUUCUCUCUCAUAAUUCGAUUCAAGAAGCUCAAGCAACAGAAAAAAUAAUGUUUAUAUAGCAUUUAGAGUCGAGACACACAGACCCACAGUUCUCCAAAUCUGUUUUCCCCAGCAAUUUCCGAUGGUAGAGUUUGAGUUUGGGAUUAAAUUGAGAUUCUUUCCGUUUUCAUUUUUGGCAUCACAAUUUAUACGAGAGCAAAUCGUGGGUCUGUUAAUUAAAGAAUAUAAAAUUAAAUGUGGCCUUAGCAUAUUUUAUGAGCGCAAGGAUUUGGCGAACAUUCAACAACAAAUGAAAAAGCAAACACACUCCAAAACACUGUCUGAAUUGUGCUCAUAAUAGUAAUUAAAGUUUUACUUACUUGCCAUAUGUAAGAGAGGGUAGUUUAUAAUGUUUCGUAUACAUACUAUACUAACUACAAAACGACUGCCGCAAAUGCUUUUUUACAUAAUUAUCCCAAAGAUGGCUGUUCAUUAAAACCCAAGUAAAAAAACAAAAACAAAGAAUUCUAUUUGUAACUAUGAAUCUAUUUUUCAUUCUUUCUCCUCUAAAGAGUUUAAAUCAUUUAAUUGCUCCGCCUGCCUUUAACUUGAUAUUUGUCCUCAAAAAACUUUAUCCGUAUUAUAUAUAACCUUGAUACUAUAUUUAGAUGAAUGAGAUAAUACAAAUAAGAAUCGAUGGAAACACAAUACCAAGAACAAUAAUCUAUUGUAAAAUUUGACAAAAUAUAAAUGCAAAAAAAAAACCUAGUGUCUACUUUAGAGUCUACUUAGAA